GCCUACUUUUAAUUGCGUUAAAAGUAGGCAUCAGUCGGCAUACACUUGUCUAUGUGAACUCCCUGCAGCUGCAAAGGGAGUGGAUCCACCAUCCCUUCCCCCAUCACCACCACCACCAUCACCGCCGGACCAGUGAACACCAGCCUCGGAGUCGGUACAUCAUUUCACCGUGAUGGCAAAUGAAUUCCCAGUAAGCAGAGAAGGAACUGCCAACUCACGCCAUGCCAACCUCACCUCGUCUCUAGACUUGAGCACGUCUCUAGAUCACAGUGUGCAGACGCGGAUUUUUAAAAUCAUUGUCAUCGGGGACUCAAAUGUGGGCAAGACCUGUUUAACCUUCCGCUUCACCGGCGGAGCCUUCCCCUGUAAGACUGAAGCCACCAUCGGCGUGGAUUUCAGGGAGAAAGCCGUGGAAAUCGAGGGCGAGAAAAUAAAGGUGCAAGUAUGGGACACAGCGGGCCAGGAGCGCUUUCGGAAGAGCAUGGUGGAGCAUUACUACCGCAAUGUGCAUGCUGUCGUAUUUGUAUACGACGUCACAAAAAUGGCCUCAUUCCAGAACCUAAAGACCUGGAUUCAGGAGUGUAACGGGCACGGGGUGUCAUCCUCAGUACCUCGUGUUCUGGUGGGUAACAAAUGUGACCUAGUUGAACAGAUCCAGGUCCCUUCCAACACCGCCCUCAAGUUUGCCGAUGCCCAUAACAUGCUACUGUUUGAAACAUCGGCCAAAGACCCCAAGGAGAGCCAGAACGUGGACUCCAUUUUCAUGUGCCUGGCGUGUCGUCUAAAAGCCCAAAAAUACCUGAUCUACAGAGACGUGGAGAGAGAAGACGGCAGAGUGAGGCUGAAACAUCAGCCCGACCCUAAGAGUAACUGCCCUUGUUGAGGACCCUAAAGUGUGAAAUUAUUAACAUUGAUAAUUCACAAUGCAAGAAUGUGCCUGCAACUAAUUUUAGUUACUUUAUGACAGCUGCUCCAUGAACUCUUUUGUGUGUGUGUGUGUGUGUGUGUGUGUGAGAGAGUGUGUGAGUGAUUAUCUUUCAUGUUCUUUUCUUCAGUUACACCAUCACUAAAAAGGCAAAUCCCACAAAACCUGUCAAGAACAUGUUCAAGUUGUGUGUCAUCGCAAAAUCAAAAGAAAGAAAUGAGAAAUUACAUUUUGCUAAACAAACAAACACUUAUGCCUUUCAAGACUUAUUCCUUUGUUUUUGCAUUGUGACAUUAUUUUUAUGACAAUUAAGCACAUUUUCCCUAUUAGCAUAAUGCAAAGAUAUAAAUAUAUUAUGUACUUCCUUUAAUUUAUGCUGAUUUAAAAAAAUAUAAAAAUGAGACUUUAAUGACAAUCAUCAGUUUUAAAAUCAUCCAUUAAAAGUAAAACAUUAAAAACAUUUUUUUUUUUUUUUUUUUUUUUGAUUUCUGGUGAGGAAAUGUGUUGAAUUUCCAAUAAAAAAAAAAAUAAUAAUGUCAAAGUGCAAAAAAUGCUGAUAGCCCUAUAAUAUGUUUUUAUUUUAUUUAUCAAAUAACAAAGCAACCUGGACAUGAUUACACACGAUUUCAUGUGUAAUAUAUUUUCGGUCCCCCGUGUUUAAUUCAAGGCACACUUUACCACUUGUGCAAUCUUUAAAGGUUUGAAGAAAUGUGAUGUUUUCUGUUUUACAGUCAUUUGUUUCCAUCACACAUUUGUUUGGUAUAUCCAUCAGCAUAUAAUCAAUCCAGAUAUUACUUAGUGGAAUAUGGCAUAACAUCUCCAGCAUAAUUGGCUGAUGGUCUUAAUGUUUUAGCCGUCAGGAACUGCACAUACUGUAGAAUCUGAAGGGUCACAAUGAUCAUUUAAAAUGUUUGUAUUGCCUUAAAACAUAUUCAUUUGCCACCAUUGCAAAUAAUUUCUCAACGCCUAGUGGUUACUCACUGCUAAACUAUUUCUAAUAUUUCUCCCUAAAUAACUGCAUGGAUACAUUUGAAACCCGUUCAAAUUAUGAAACUAUACUCUUUAAAUAGUGACCUUAAUGUUCAUGUAAUCUGAUAACACUCAUAAUUCACCACAUGCUAAUUUCCAUGCACUUUGGGAAAGAAUAAAACUGUGUGGGUAGUUUUAUGUAGCAUCACAGUAUUUCACCAGCUUAAGGUUGUUCUGCCAAAUGCAUAAACACUUAUGUACAAAAGCAAGGAUCAAACAAGCCACUGAUUGUUAUUUAAAAGACCCAGAAAAGAAUGAUUUUAACUUGACAAAGAAUAACAGUAUGCGUGUUUCUGUGGAAGGGGUUGCUGAUAAUGUGGAACUGUUGAUUUUGGAAUGUGCGAGUGCAAUUUGGUGCACUUGUUAUUGUUUUGUUCUGAUUUUGUAUAACCUCUAUCCUCUGCUUAUUCAGUACAUUUGGUUCUACAGGAGAAGUUGCAGUUUUCUGUGUGGUUUCAAAUGCUUUCAGAUACAUACGAGAAUUCUCCAGUUUCAACAGUGCUAGCCUUAUAUCUGCUGAAGAGAUUGAAGCCUUAUGAUUUGUCUUGUUUUGUGCCCAUAUAUGCUGUGUGACAUGUUUGUAUUACAGUGUGUAUGUUUGAUUUUGAGCACCAAAUUAAAUCUCUGAUAUCCUGAA